ACGCAGUUUUCUUUCUGCGUCUUGCUCUUUCUCCUGCUUUGAAAAGAGUUCAUAAGAAUUAAGAGCCCCCAAAAACUAGGUUGAAGGAUUUAUGUUCACUGUGGCGGCCUAAGCUCACCAGGGAAAGAAAUAUCCCGAGAACCAUCAACGGACCCACAAAAACUCUGAAGCCCUAAAUCCUCUAUCCUCCCCAAAUGAACUCAGACCCAGAAGAAUCCCACCUAGCCGCAAACAAUGACAUCCCAAGAAAGAAAAAGAAAAAGAAGCAUCGCCAGCAACCACCAUCGCCGCCACCAUCGCCACCACCAUCGCCAACGGUCCAAGCUCAAGUUCAAGUCAUCCAUGAAGACCCACAAAAGGCCUCACCUUUUGUUGGCUACUUCCCCUCCGGUUACGACCCCAGCAAAAAUUACGGUGGGAAUAAUUGUCUAGAAACUGAGUCGCCUAGUGUUACGGUUUAUCGGAGCCAGAAGUGGUCCAAGAGGUUCCAGCUCGUGGUGAGCCCAACUGGGUCCAAUGUGGAUUUCGUUGGGACCAACUAUUCUGGCGAGGCCAUGGCUGGACAGCAGUGUAGGUACGCACUCGGGGUGUUUGACAAAGAGGCCCAGACCUUAAAGAUUGCGCCUGUUGCUUGUGGCAAGAUAUUUAGAUUAGAACCUAAAGUCAGAGGGUUAGACGUUGCUGAUGAGGAACCUGAAAGCACAGCGAAGGAAGAGCUUUCUGCACAACAGAGGGUGUACAAAAUGAGAGAGCUUACUAAUCUUUAUGGAACAAAGAAGUCAAUAAAGGAGGCAAAAAAGAAGCACGCUUUGAACCAAGAAGAUGAUCCCAAUUCCCAAAAGGAGCUGGAUGGGAAAAUCAAAGAAGUAAAGAUAAACAAGGAGGCUCUUGAAAGUACCGAUGCCCAUAUUGCCCGCAAUGUUCCCCCAUAUGAUGCUUCUGCCACUUCGCCCCAGGAGGCUUAUCCACUAGACAAGAUCAUCCUUAAGGGAGAAUGGGGUUUCCUUGAAGAUAUUUUUGAGCUUUUGCAAGUAGGAGCAGAAGUAGCCUCCGAUGCUUACCCAACCUUUGUCUGCAAUAGAAUCCAUAAAUUGCAGGAGAUUCAGGAUGAGGUGGAGAAGAGAACACUUUCUUGCAUAUUCUCAUAUGUUACUCAUCUAAUUAAGUUCAAAGAUCAGCAUUCCAUGGAUGGUGUUUCCUCGGCAAAGGGCCACAAAAUUCCAAGUAUUCUGUUCCAGAAGUUCUCAACCAUGUUCUCUCCAGUAUCAAAAAGGUUGUCAGCCGAGAAAAAUGAUCUUCUCAUCAGUUAUGUCUUGGUACUCACUCUAUAUGCUGAUGAAUUUCGAACCGACCCAUCUGAUAUUGCAAAGGAUCUGAGAACGAGUUCAAUAAAAUUGAGGGUGCAUUAUGAGCAUUUGGGUUGCAAGCUCUCGCGGCAGAACAACUUGAUUUUGUUUACCCUUCCUCUGCCUCUCCAAUUUCCAAUGGUUAGGCAAAAGCGGCGACGAUAGAUGGAUGAUUCAUCAUUCUCUUUGUUCUCGUGAUUGUCAGACUGCAAUUGGAAGACUGUGUUUGAUUUUGGUGUGGACUUUGAAAUUAGAAACUGGCACGAGAAAAAUGUUGAUUGUUUAUUAUGAAAUUAGAUCCGAUUUUGAAUCCUCUCCUGUUGUAUUCUUGCAUAUUGAAACAUGGUAUGCUUACAUCUACUUGAGUGGAAGCAUAAUACAAUCCUUUUUUUCUUUUCCUUUU